AUGCCUCAACCCCCUAGCGUUCCAAUAGAGGUCGUUCUUGGAAUCCUAGAACACCUUCAACCAUCGGAUCAACUCCUGGUCUUGCAGGCGUUCGCUAGCUUGGCAGCCUUGAUGGCAUGCCGUCACCUUUCUAUGGAUGAACACAGUAACACAAUCCUUCAUAUCCUGGCUAGAACAGACGACUCUGUGGCGGACAUUACCAAGCACUUGCUACCCCAUGUAAAAGACCAGAUCGACCGUUUUAACCAGCAGUGUGAAACAGCCUUGAUGUGCGCUGCGGCUGGCGGCGCUGACAGUCAAGUUGUUGGUCGAGAACAAUGCCGAUUUAAGAAUGGGCAUGAAGGCGCGGUUCGUAUACUUCUGGAUCAACCAGGUGUGAAUGUCAACCCACAUUAUAAGUGGCGAAGCACCCCUCUCCUCUGCGCCAUCCAGAAGGGCUACCACACCAUCGCCAAGCUUCUCCUGGCACAUAAGGAUAUCCGUCCCGAUCUGUGGGAUGAGUGCAGUCGGAACGCGCUAUUCUGGGCAUGCUGGAAUGGUUUGGAGGAGUUAUUCGAGAUUCUUAUCUCCCAUGAGACCACACUUGGUGCUGAGGCAGACCCGAUGAACAAUGAGGGCCGCACACCACUAUCGUACGCGGCCUGGAAUUGUGAAGCUGAGAUUGUUGAGCUGUUGUUGGCUCGGGAAGAUGUCAAAUCCGACUCGGUUGCUGAGUGGGGGCGAACAUCGCUCUCUUAUGCAACAGAGGGUGACUCUCUGGAGAUUCUGCGGCUGCUCCUGGCUCAUGGUUCAAGGCCAGAUUCGGUGGAUCUCUGUGAGCGGACACCAAUCUCGUAUGCAGAGGAAACCGGUGAUGAGGAGACUCUGGCAUUACUUACUUCUUGA